AUGCAUCUUAGAAAUUCAUCCGAUCAAGCGCAACGAAAACGACGCAAUGAAAAUUUUAUCGGCAUCUGGCUUCAUGAUAAAAACUCUCUAUCUGUCGAGAUGCACGAUGCUAUGAUAACACGUUUGAAAGAAACAUUUGACUAUAUUCGAGUAUUCGAUGAUAUUCUCCCAUUUACAUCGUACAUACUAAAAACAAAUCUAGUUGCUGAUGUCAUUGUUAUUAUAUCUUCAAUUUUACAUGGACCAAGUAUGUGCCAUCUUGUUGAACAACAAGCCAAGAAAAAAGAAAACAAAUUGAGAGAGCAAUACGUUCUUCUUUUCCAGCCAACAAACCAGUCCUUUGAACAUCCGAUGUAUGAAAGUAUUGAUGAAUUGUUCAUCAAAAUUGGAUCAGAUAUUGAAUCUUAUCCACAACGCCCAUCAUCAACUGAAUUAGAUGCCGUUGUUUCACAAACGAUUGAUGAAUAUAAAAAAAGUAGAUUAAUUCCACCUCUUGGUGUUCUGAAUUCGUCAUUGAAACAAAACUCUAUUCGGCAAUUAUCUAAUGAAUCACUAAGAUUUAUUCAAUUUCAAAGUCUUGUCGAAAUCAUGCUUCGCAUGCACCAUGAUGAGAAUAUCUCUAAAGACGAUAUGUUAUCGGCUUGUCGCGAAUACUAUGCAGACAACAUCGUCGAAUUAUCUAAAAUAAAAGAGUUUCAGGAUAAUUACACUGCAAGAAAUGUUAUUGCUUAUUAUACUGAUGACAGUUUUUGUUUUCGGAUGGUAAACAGGGCAUUUCGUAGUGAAGACAUUGAGCACAUUUUCGUUUAUCGAUUGUUUAUCACUGAUCUACACAAAGAGUUGGCUAGAAAAACUGAUGAAAAACAGAAAAUAGAGGAAGAUUUUGUUGUUUAUCGCGGUCAAAAACUACCUAACACAAUUUUACAGCAGUUAAAAGACAAUGUUCAUGGUUUAAUUUCAAUGAAUGGUUUUCUUUCCACUACAAAAAAUAAGAAGGCAGCUAAAGCAUUUUCUGGAGAUGAUGUAAUACGCGACAACCAUGAAAGCGUCGUAUUUGAACUUCAUAUAAAAAAGCCUAACAAUUACACUGGAAAGCCGUUCGCUGAUAUUUCUCUAAAUUAUAACGAAAUGAAUGAAGAAGAGGAGGUUCUUUUUUCCGUUGGUGCAGUCUGGCGCAUCGAAGAUGUUUCGAGACGAGAUCAUAUAUGGAAUAUCAAGUUGACUAACUGUUCUGACCUUGAUAAUGAUUUAGAGCAGUAUCUAACUAGUUUAAGUGAUGGGUAUAGCUUUCUGUCGAUCGGUAACUUAUUACAGCAGUUAGGUGAAAAUACUAAAGCCGAAAAUUUCUAUCGUUACAUGCUAAAAAAUGAACCAAAUCUUACAGACGAGAAUAAAGGUUUUCUACAUUUCUAUAUCGGCAUACUACGUGCAAAGGAACGAGAUUAUCACGGUGCAAUAGAUAAAUUAAAUACGGCGAUUCCAUACUUUUCUUUACCUGCUGUGACGUCUGAAAAAGCAUCCUGUUUAACAACCUUAAUAGCUAAUACAAGUAUCUCAAAACAUCGCUUUGAUAUUUAUUUCAAUAUUGGUGUGGCCCAUUUUCGUACUGGUAAUCGAAGAGAAGCAAAGGAAGCCUGGGAACAUGCCUUGAUCGAAAAAGGAUCACCCGAGGAUAUGGCUAAAGUAAACAGGUAUCUAGGAGAAUUGGCUCAUAUUUGUGGUAAUCUUAAAGAAGCUGCAGAAUAUCAUAAAACCGCUUCUGAGUCGAUUACUAAAAGCUCAGCGAAUGAAGACGCAAAACAUGACUACAAACGUAAGUAUGAUGAAGCCAUGCAGUUGUCCAAUAAGAUGGACGAGAGAUUAAACUUGAAACGGCAGCGUACCAGAAAUGACAAUGAACCACCCAAUUGA